AACUUCUCUGCCAUUAGGAAAUGCUUACAGGCAGUCUCUCCAUGUGUGUGGUUUUUAAAUCUGUUUAUUUCCCUGGCAAGAAGCUGCGCCUGUGGUCUUUGUGACAGCUCCGCCUCCUGCUCUCCUGGCCAAAUUCCCCACACACUCAGCUUGGUGCAACGGCACUGGCGGGUACAGGCAGUGCCAGUUCCACAGCAGGGAUCAAGGCUUGCAGCAGGAGGCUGAGAGGUGAUGAUGGAGGUUAUGCAAGGAUCCACAGGAAGACUCCAGCUGCUGCCCUUGGGGGCUGGGGUCAUCACUCUGUUGUUGACAGUUGUGGCUUUAUGCUCCCUGCCCUCCCUGAUGAGUUACUGGAGGCGAUGGUGGAUGAUGAAGUCAAUCCCGGGUAUCAGCCCCUGCUAUCCUGUGCUGGGAAAUGCUCUACUCUUAGAACGGGGUGGAGAAGGUUUUUUUAAUCAACUAAAAUUUUAUUCUGAAGAGUUCAGGAAGUGCUCAUUGUUCAAUCUUUGGUUAGGACCAUUGCCUGUCGUAGUUUUGUAUCACCCCGACAGUGUGGAGGUUAUUUUGAGCAGUUCAAAACAUAUAGAAAAAUCAUACCUGUACGACUUCCUGCAUCCAUGGCUGGGCACUGGACUUCUGACAAGCACUGGAGACAAGUGGCGGUCGCGGAGGAAGAUGAUAACUCCCACUUUCCACUUUGCAAUAUUGAAUGAUUUUCUAGAGGUUAUGAAUGAACAAGGAAGUAUUUUGGUUAAGAAACUUGAAAAGCAUGUUGACAAGGAACCAUUUGAUGUCUUUCUGGACAUCACUCUGUGUGCCCUUGAUAUCAUCUGUGAAACAGCAAUGGGCAAGAAUGUAGGUGCUCAGAAGAAUAAGAAUUCUGACUAUGUUUCUGCUAUCUACAGGAUGAGCGAUCUAAUCCAACAGAGACAGAAGAGCCCUUGGCUUUGGCCUGAUCUUUUAUACAUGCUGUUCAAGGAAGGAAGAGAGCACAAGAGGAACCUCAAAAUCCUUCACAAUUUUACAGAUAGAGUCAUUGCAGAAAAAGCUGCAGAACUUGAAAACACUAAGCAAAAAAAACAUGAUAAUGAUGGCAACUGUGAAGAAAGUGUCUCCAAAAAGCGAAAAGCAUUCCUGGACAUGCUGCUGAGUGCAACAGAUGAUGAAGGGAACAAACUGAGCUACAGGGACAUUCGUGAGGAAGUGGAUACUUUCAUGUUUGAGGGCCAUGAUACAACAGCAGCUGCUAUGAACUGGGUCCUGUACUUGCUUGGACAUAAUCCUGAAGUUCAGAAGAAGGUUCACAAAGAAUUGGACGAGGUGUUUGACAACACUGAGCGUCCUGUUACAACAGACGACUUGAAACAGCUUCGAUACCUUGAGUGUGUUGUGAAAGAAGCCCUUCGGCUCUUCCCUUCAGUUCCCAUGUUUGCCCGUACCUUGAGAGAGGACUGCUGUAUUAGUGGAUAUCAGAUACCAAAAGGCGCAACUGUUCUUGUUUUAACUUAUGCCCUGCACAGAGACCCGGAGAUCUUCCCGGACCCAGAGGAGUUCAGGCCUGAAAGAUUCUUCUCUGAAAAUUCUAAGGGAAGGCACCCAUAUGCUUAUGUGCCCUUCUCAGCUGGUCCCAGGAACUGCAUUGGUCAGCGCUUUGCACAAAUGGAGGAGAAAACUCUUCUAGCCCUCAUCCUGCGGCGCUUUUGGGUGGAGUCAUGUCAAAAGCCAGAAGAACUUCGUAUAGCUGGAGAAUUGAUUCUUCGUCCAACUAAUGGCAUCUGGAUUAAGCUGAAGAGGAGACCAAAUGCUGGAUCAGAAUGAAACUCAUUUCAAGGGUUUACUUCCAAAAAUUUUCAAGCUAUUUAGGCUGAAAUUUGUUUUAAAAUCAGAUAUUUUGAUGUCAGUCCAGCAGUUUGUUAAAACCGGUUGUUAUUGUUUCAUUAAAGAUGUUGUAAUAGUCUUAAAUUGCUCUACUUUUCUAGUACUUGUGAACUUCAUGUUAAUCUUUGAACUGCAAGUCUUUAAAUAUUAACUUUUAAUGCCUUAUCUGCUCAGAUGAAACUAUUCUGUUGCAACAGUGCCACAAAACCUUAAGUUAUGGUAGUAACAACAGAAAUGCCUGUGAUUAAGUGAUCUGGUUACAUGCCAUAGCAUUUGCCAGGUAACUGAUAGUCUCAAAUAUUUGUACAGUUUUCAGGUUUCUGAAAUAUACAGUACCAGGUUCUGAUAAUUCUUCCUCUCAGGCAAUAUGUUUCCUUUUUGAUAAUGACUGUAUCUGUGAAGAUGAAGCAAAAAUCUCUGGUGACUUCUCUCCUCCUCUGUAAACAUUUACAGUAGUUCUUAAAUAGUGAGUGCUCUGAAUUAUUUUUUAGCAAAGUAUACCAUAAGCAUUAAUCUGUAUAACCAUACCAGAAAGUAGAUAGUGUGCAAAUUACACACUGGAUGUCGCAAUGACAGAACCACUGUAUUUACAAAUAAACUUCUACUAUGCCUCAA